UAUCAACCGGGGUAGAUGAUAAAUGAGUCUUAAUCAAAUAAUGUUUACCUUCAUAUGUUUUAACGUUCGUUCAAAACCGUGCUGAAGUUUCGCUAUAUUCUGAUUCAAUGGACCUCCUCAAGCAGUUCGAUACGCUUCGGAAUUGUGUGACACUAAACGAAAUAAUUAGAACCAUUUCAAUGUAGGACUUUGUUAAAGGUUGAAAUUAACAGUCAAUAGAGAACCAAUCAUAGGUAAAAGAUCGAUGUUUCUGAAAGGCUUCCGAACAAUCACUCGUUCAUCUCAUGGUAGUGACGUCAUCCUAAAAUAUACACUCCGGUCUACAAAAGCAAGGAAUAUUAUGUAAAUAUAAGAUCUUUUAAAAGGAUAUAAUUUAGACACAAAAGCGCAAAAUUGGAGAAUACAAUACAAACAGAGCACUAAAUACAUCUUUAUAUGAAAUAUAAUAGAGAUCAAAUAAUCUAUAGCGGCCUGUAUAAUCGGCAUUAUGAAAAGACCUUCGCGCAUGCGCACGAGUGAUAAUCCAACUAAUAUGGAUUCGUCUGCUUUCGAGGUUUAUUCGGUGUCUUCAGACAGUAUCGAUAGCCCGUAUGGUAAACGACUCACCAAUAACGGACUAGUAUCGCAGCGGUAUAACAGGACGGUUAAAUUUACUAUACCGGCAAAGGAUACACUCAAACUGAAGGAUAUACAUAAAUCAAAAUUAGCUAAUGGAUUAAAAAGUAACAUUACUGAUUUCGAUGAAAAUGCAGCAGAAGGUCCACGGGAUCUUUACGAUCUCAGCCGGCGGAGAAUGAGCGCACCAGAGCUGCCCCCAAUAGCAAAUACUGGAAAAACUUCAACCCUAGUUAGUAACGGACUAAUUACACCGAGAAGUAACACAUUUCAUAAUUUGACAUUAAAAACUGGAAGAAAAAGUAUCCAUAGUGACUCAUCCGUGAACGGGUACAAACUUAAUUCUCAGAGUAGGACUUCGUCGUCAUCUAGUCAGAAAAGUAAGGGAAGGGUCCUUUCAGCAGGGACGGACAGACGAACAAGCAAACAGGUUUUAACGGCAGAUUUCACAAAAAAUAUACAGCAAGUGUCUGGCAUAAAAGAAGACGGCGUUGCCAUGAGAAACAGUGGCUCAAGUACAGCAGUCACUCAACGUUGCACCUCCGUGGGCGGAGGCCUAGCGCGCCAAAAAUCGAAAUACAGUCUUAAGGAGACUGUGUCAACACCGAGAACCAUUCCGAAGAGCCGGAGUGAAGCGCAAAUUGCGCCAAGACGACGUAGCAUUGACGGUAUCGUUGACUUGCCGAGAAAUGGCUCCGACAAGAGUUUAACUGACAGCAGGAAAAAUGCUAAAAAUAGUCAAAACAAUAAAACAACGUCGCAAAAGUUCAGACUAAACGGCAUGCGUCACUAUGCAUCUUCUAACGUUUUAAAUAUAAGGGACGAGCGACGUAAUGAAGAUGACGAAACAUUCGUAGAUUCAGACAGUGAUGGUGAAAAAGACCAACGCGUAAUAGAAUGGAUUAUUGGUGUCAGUGACGUGGCGGAGCCGCCCGAAGAACAACUCAUUGAGCAUACGGACGAGCCUCCGCAAAGGGAUACAGCAAUACGAAUCGUGUACGAUGGUGAUUCAUGACAUUUAAGUGGUUCAUAACUGUAGUGUUUAAUUUAUUACGUCGGACAUGACGUCAGUCUACGUCACUAAAAAUUUGGACAGGCGUCGAUUCCUAACUACUGCACGUGAUCAUCUGUCGCAUAGGGCAGUGAUUUCAAACUGGUGUACGAGAUGAAACUCGCUUGUGUUAUAGGCAACCUUUUAAUGUUUUGAUUGAAUAUUUUCUAUCCAGUACAAAUGUUUAGAAUUCUCCUUUUUUCCCAAUACUCUUGGACACCACAUCGAUCUUGGGGCUAGUUUUAAAAAUUGGCUUUAAGUGCCUUUAGAAAUGUUUCAUUAGACUUCAAAAUAUUUUUGAAAUGACAUGCUCGUUAAUGAUUGUCUUAGCAGCUGAACUCGAAAAGGGCCACAUUUUAAGAAUAUACAAUUCACAUACUCUUACUUAAUUCCUAUUUAUGAUUCAGUAAAAAUCAAAGAUUUGAUUUUAAUCGAUUAAGUUGUUAACAAAAUAAAAUAUAAAUUAUGUAGAACAAUGACAGUAUCAUAUCUGCAAAUUGAAGUUACGUGGUAUCUAUUUAUUUCAGACAUAUCUAUAAUUAUAUGGCAUUUAAUAAUGUAACAUAUCUGUAUAAUUCAUAGACACUAUUUCUAAUUGAUUGUCGUUUCGGGUAUUACAGUCACAUUUCGCCUUUUUUGUAUGGACAUAUUUUACAUACUUUUGAUAUGCUAUAGAUAGAUUGUAAGAAAUUUUAAGUGCCGUUAGAUGAAAGGAAAGUGUGUCAAUAUAUAAGGUCAGCCACAUGACUCUUGGUCCGAACGUAAGUUCACAGUUGUCGGUCACUUCUAUAAGGUUUGAACAUAUUUUUGUUGACAUAAGGGCUCAGUAUAUUUGUUCUAGGCGAUUCUCUCGCCAGAGGUUUCAUUCAUAAGUGAUAUGUUACCUAUAUACAAUAGAUACAAAAUAUUGACAGAAUUACUGUUAAAAUUUUAACAUAUUUUAGAGCAUUGACUUUUAUACCAUUAUGAAACAUGGGGUGAUUGUGGCGUGCCCCCACGAGGACAAAAUUGAGAUCAGAUAGAUAUACGAAAUGUUAAAAGAACGCUUCGUCAUGGAUAAUACAAUGUAUUUAAUUCGAAGUCGAAUUUCUUUUUUUAAACGCAAUACAAAUUUUUAUCCUUUCGGUACACAUAUGCCUUUGGUUACUCUUUAAAACUGCAUGCUCUCAACGAAAUUGUCUUACCUUUUAACAUUAUUCUUUUUCUUGCUUCGAUGUAGAAUUAUUUAAACACAAUAUUUUUUUUCUUCUGAAAAACUUUAGUGAUUACCUUAUUCAAAUAACUAAUUUAUCAUUUGAGCUAGUGGAUGAAUGAUUAAUUAGUUAAGAUUUUUUCUCUAAGUCUAAAAACUACAUUUAUUUGUUUAAACAUUUUUUUUUUCACCUUUUUAGUGGAUGAUUAAAACGUUUAAAUUUCAGUCUGCGUUAAAUUUAGGACACGAUUGUAAAGUCUUAAUUUUAUGCAUUAAAAACUUCAAUCAUGACAGCUGUCUGGCAAUUUGCUUUUGUUCUUAAAUUACACAUUGGCAAAACCGUCCUUGCCGCAAAAAAUCUUUUUAAAUUCAUUUUUUAAAAGUGUCCAAAUAUUUGUCUAUAGCUAAGGUCAAUAGAGAUAGGAUUGACACAACGUAACACGGAGUAUCGAAUUUGAAAAAAGAAUGCAAUUGCGCGGAACAAACUUUCUUUUCAACUAACGGUAAUUUUCGGCCUAAUGAGGUAUAAAUUACCUGUAUGUUCUAUUUAUAGCUCGACCUUUCGUAAUAAUUAUUUAGACAAAAGGUAAAAGCACGGCAAGGACAUACGAACUUUGGGGUAAUCUGAGAAGUAAGGCACAAAUACCGAGAUAGAAGAGCGAUGGUGAUAUCAAAAUGUUUGGGUAUAAAAAGGGCAAACUAACGUGCAUUUUCGGUCACUUCCGAUAGCAGUUUACCCUUUUAUAUUUUGUCUGUUAUACUUUCCAGAAAUUCUUCUUUCUUUCUGGAAAGAAGAAAAACUAAAGGAACCGUUGAGAUACAUUUAAUAAUUCCAACAUUAAGAGCAUUUGAACUCGUUGAAGUCGAUAAAUAAAGGAAAUUUAGCUUAUUAAACAUUUAUAAAAUUUAUCAUUUGAAAUCCAUAAAGUCGACGAAGGGUUGCUUGUGACUUAAAUAAAAACGUUACCACUGUUUAAAAUUUUAAAACGUUUUUUAUAAGAAAUGGCAUUUUUUGCAUGUGUACGCUACGCAUGCUUAUGUAUAUAUAUGUAUUUACGUUUGUAUAACUGACUUGUUAAAUGUUAUUUAUAAUAUACAUGUAUAGAUGUAAUAUUUUGAUGGAAUACAGGUAGACAACUGGUAGAAGCUAAUUUCCUUUUGUAGAUUUAGACAAACGUAUUUUAACUUCUUAAUAUCCCAGAGGACAGGAGAAAGUUUAACUUUGUUAACAAAUAUAAUUUACCUAUGUGUUCCUUAGUUAUACCUGUUACAUACAAGUUAUGAAUACUUAAUUAAUGGAAAUCGUUUGGCAAAAAUAUUUAAUAUCAUUUUUUUUCUUUUAACUUGGCAAACACGUUGACACUAAUUUGAAACACACUUGAAAUAAUGAUUUUAUUGAAUUUUUUUAUUGAAUAAUGCACAAUGGUCGAGUGAUAUUGAAAGAAAACAGUUUUUAGAAUAAAUUGGUUUUGAAAUUUAUAUUUAGUUAUAAAGUUAAUCGGAUCUCCUUGAUUAAGUUCUAUUUUGACGUUGACAUUCUGUAUUUUACAUUACCGCACAUCUCAUUUUAUCAUAGGGUUUUCUUGCUUGUGAUAUAAUUUUGUUCAAACAGCGGGUAUGUUCUUAUCAGGUGUCUACAUAGCUAUGUUAUAUAAGAAAAUACGUAUUCUUUACUUUUCCUUAGAUGGCUAAAUUUAUUCCUUACUUAAUAACAAAUAAAAUAUCCUACUAACAUGAAGGUAUUCCAUUCGUGGCAAAUUCGGAAUAAUUCGGGAUGUUCCAUCAAUUUCCUUACCUUUUAAGAUAAAAACUGCAUUCGUAUGACCAGGAGUAAAAAAUAAAAGAUCAUGGUCAGUAGGCGCUUUUAAACUAUAUUUUAGGUACGGUAAAUGACGGAAGUGACAGGAUCUAUUCGAGGUCACGAAUGGCGAUAUACCUUUUAACAAAACAUGUAUCUAUUUAUUUAGAUCAGAUUAUGAUUAUUCGACGUGCCAAUAUCGUUUUUGGACAUACUUGUACAACAUGUAUUCUGCUAGUCAAAAUGUCAACAGUAGUUAAAACUAUUAAUAACUUUUUUUUCUGAAGGCUAGUUUUCAUCAGCAUGCUUCUUGUUAUCAAAAAUUACUUUGCAGUUUUGAUAGGGUUUUUUUGUCAGACCUUCUUGUGUAUAUUUGUGUAUAAGUGUGUAUAAUUAUAAUUAUGUAUUGCAUAAUACUACAUUGAAAUAUUUUUGUCAUUGAGGUGUUAUAUUUUAUCAUAAGUAAAUAUUUGUUAUUAAAGUGUAAAAUUGUAAAUAGCAUUUUAAAUUAUUGUCGAAUGUUUAGAUUGGUAAAGUCUUUCAAGUCCAAAAGUGACGUCAUUCUUGAUUGGUUCGUUGAUUGAAUAUGACGUCAUUGCUUUCAAUAUUGCGAUAUUGAUGACGGAAAUUGAAAGCACCGGAAGUACAAUUAAGAUGUGAUAUGGUAUUCUAUUGUGUAUGUGUUGGAUGAAUGUUAGAAUGGGAGGUCACUUGCUGGCACGUGACUUUUGUUAUUUUCUUUUUAUUUACACGCAAUACAUAUGACGUCAGUUACAUGUGACCAUAGCUAUUUGAUACGAUUUCCUGUAAUAUGUUGUUACUGUUAAAUAUCAAAAUGUGUUGAAAUUAUCAAAUUAGAACUACAUUAAUAAACUUCAAUAAAUGUAUUAUUAAAUUGUUAUGUUUUGAGAAAUGAAACAACAGAAAAUGUUCGAUGACUUUUUUGUAUACUUACAAUGUUUAGCUGAAGCAUUUUUUUUUUUUUGCAUAAUUUUUUUUCUCGAAACUUAUAACAAAAAAAUGUAUUUUUAACAUUUUCAAAUAGACCAAGUGAUAAUAUCUUUUUUCUUUGUUGGUGAAUAUAUAUAGCUGUGAUAAAAAUGUUUUAUAAAUCUAUUUAUUUUGUACUUUUGUUACACAUUUGUUAAUAAAAAAUAUUGUUGAAACAUAUUGCAAACGUCAGACAAUCUGUAUUGAUAAUAA